AUGUUGACACUCUCCGUAAGAAAUAGAAGCAAAUCUAAAAGGAUACAGAUACCAAAAAUUGAUGAAUUGUUAGAGUCAGUGGGAUUAUUGAGACAUGUAGUGCCUAGAGAUGGUAAUAGUUUAUUCAGAUGUAUUUCGCAAUGUGUGUUUCUAACCCAAAGUUGUCACAUGAUUGUACGACAACAACUUUUACAAUUUUCUUCACUGCAAACCAAAGAAUUUUCUCAGAUGACUCAGUUGUCUGUCGAAAACUAUGCAAACAAAAUUACUGAUACAAAAAUAGAUGGUUCAUUGUUGGAUAUGCAUAUUGCUGCUAAAAUAUACCAAAUUAGUAUUGCAUUUUAUGAAGAUUCUCAUCCUUUCAUACCUCUUAAUAUUGAAACUCCAAACGCAGUAAAAACUUUAAAUAUAUGUCUUAAUUAUGAAGGUACUUAUGAUUUAGUACUUUCCAAAGAGUCUGUCGUAAAUAGUUCAUUUAGUCAAUCAAUUAUAUAUGAAAUGCUUUACAACAAUGUUUUUAAAUUAUCUGGUGUAGAUUUUGCUGUGAAAGAAAUGUUGUUUGACAGAAAUUUACCAGCUUUAAGGUCAAGUGAUCCGAUUAGUUUGGAAAAGAGAGCUACUUGUACAGAUAUGAAAAAGCUGCUUGAAUAUGGUAUUACUCCAUUCCCAUUUAAAGUAGCUAAAGCUUUGACACCUAAAUUAUAUAGAAACACAGAGUAUGAUAUUUGGUUAAAUAAUAAAAAAGAAAAAUUUUAUGGCAGAUGGAAUAAUUGGGAGUUUAAAGAAGGCAGCAAAUGUAUGGUUUUUAUUGGACCUCAGGGGUAUCAUUGUUAUAUACAACGUAUUCAUGGGAAAAAUGAACCAGUUGAAGUAUAUGUUAAAGAUUUGGCUAAAAAAAUAUAUGUGGAAUAUGAUCAGUUGAAAUUAAUUCCAGUCGAACAAGAUAUGAGAGAAUUUUUGGAGAGUCCUACUCAAAUUAAUCAAGUAUCUUCAAAUAUAGUUGACUGUAACCAAUUUAUUUUUGGAGGUCCUGGACAAUGUGAAACUCCAGUUCUGUAUCCAGGUUUUAUUCAUGGACCAAUUCAUGAGAUGUUCCCUGGGCAAAUAUUUCAUCCCUCUUUUUAUGUUCAUCCAUAUCAACAGAAUCCAGAUCUGCCUAUGACGCCUCUAAAUUUGAUAAAUAAUGAAAAUGUCGUACAUCCAUGGUAUAUAUCUACACCUCUGCCAAUUUUAUUAAAUAAUUUUCAUCCAUUCAAUGAGCAAAUUAUACUAAUGGAACCACCCUCCAAUUUUAAUCAAAAUUGUAUGGAACCAAAUUUUGUGGAAACUUUGUCAAAUUCAACUGGACCACAUGUUCAACCAAUUCCUCCGCCAUUGUACUGUGAACAACAAUCAUGUGUCCAGUGUAACAAUGGGGAAGAAAGUGUGGCCAUGGAUUCUAAUCGUGCGUAUCAACCUUGGCUAGUGCCAGAGUUCGAUGUGCCUGCAGAUGAAUUGCAUCAAUAA